GCCUCGCCGCCGCCUCGCCUCGCCUCAGCUCGCCUCGGCUCCUCCGGCGCUGCCAUGCCCAGCAGCGAAGCGGUGCCGCUGGGGCUGGGCGCCUGCCGCAGGUCGGGGGCGCUGGGCGGGAUGCUGUCGCUGGUGGCGCGGCUGCUGGAGUGGCUGCGCUCGCUGUUCUGGAAGGAGGAGAUGGAGCUCACGCUGGUGGGGCUGCAGUACUCGGGCAAGACCACGCUGCUCACCGUGCUGGCGUCGGGGCAGUUCACAGAAGAUAUGAUUCCUACAGUAGGCUUCAAUAUGAGAAAAAUAACAAAAGGCAAUGUUACCAUAAAGGUGUGGGACAUUGGAGGACAGCCAAGGUUUCGAAGCAUGUGGGAGCGUUACUGCAGAGGGGUCAAUGCAGUUGUUUACAUGGUGGAUGCAGCAGACUUAGAAAAAGUAGAAGCUUCAAAGAAUGAGCUUCACAGCUUGAUAGAUAAGCCACAAUUGCAUGGAAUUCCAGUGUUAGUUCUUGGAAAUAAACGAGACCUCCCAGGUGCACUGGAUGAGAAGCAGUUAAUUGAGAAAUUAAACCUUUCAGCUAUUCAAGACAGAGAAAUCUGUUGCUAUUCUAUUUCCUGUAAAGAGAAGGAUAACAUAGACAUAACAUUACAAUGGCUUAUUCAGCACUCCAAAUCAAGAAACUGUUGAAGAAACUUUUGCUGAAGAUAACUCUUCCCCAAUCACUUUGAAUCCUAUCACCUAUACACACUGAAAAGAUAAGGAAUGCAGCUGUCUACUACCAGGACUCACUGUGGUCAUAUUUGUUAACAGAAGUAAUCUGACUUGUAACUUGUCUGUCUGGUUUCAUUCUUUUUGUUUUUUGUGGUUUUUUUUUUGAAUCCAGAUAUUUGUCUGCCUAGGUAAACUCCUGAACGCCUUAAUACAAGACUGGAAGAAAUCAAUAAUUUUUUGAGCUGAAAUGUUUUGAGUUUAUGCAUGCAAAUUGUCAAAUACAUGGUACUUUUUUUCUAAUUUGAAACUGAAUAAAUUGUGCAGUGGAAACAAA